UGUCACACAAAAUACAACAAAAACAACUUUCUUUAUAAAAUAAAAUUCAAAUUGAGUUUAUAAAAUCUCCGAUUUAUAAGCUAAGGUUCUAAAAGAUGUCGGUUCCAACUUCACCUUCACAGAAGGGAAAGCCAAACGUUAUCAUGUCCAGUUCAGUUCUCCGAGUGCCUUCUUCCGGCAAUACGGCCAGAAUUGCGACCACAACUAGCAGGAUGGGAAUGCACAAGUCACAGAGUAACUUCUUCUGCGACAAUCUGGAGAAGAUCCACUUGAGAACGCCAAUCUUAAAGAUAGAUAGUAAGACGACUUGGUAUGAGAAAUUGAAGGUCACGUCCAGACAGCAGUUCUUCAGGCAUGAUUGGGGAGGAGUGACGUCAAUCAGAUAUUCCCAGAACAGCGAGAAGCUAGCUGUUGGAUUCAACUCCGGAGACCUCCAGGUCUUCUCGUCCAUGAAUUUCCCAGCAAAAUAUUCUCCAGAAACCAUCCUCAAGGGUUGGGAAGGCAACGACUCUAUCUCCUGUAUCCGGUUCCACCCUAAAACCCCAAACGUGCUCUACGCUUCCAGUACUUCUGGAACAGUGAUGCGGAGAGAUUUUGAAGAUUCAACGAACUUCAACGACUUUUUUCUCUCAGAGGCCGGCAAUGAAAUCUUCAGCAUGGACUUCUCUUCAGAAGGCGUUCUGGUCACUGUGGGUAGAGACGCUACUGUGAGAGCGUACGACGUAUCCGAAGAGAAACUAAUUUCAGAAAUGGGUCGAAAGUGUUCCUCCCCGAGUUUUUGCGGAGCGUCAAACUCCGACGAGGAAGACUUCCAUGAAAAGAGAAUAUACAGUGUGCGCUUCCAUCCUAGUGAGCCUUCUCUUCUCGUGACAGGGGGCUGGGAUGGAAUUAGAGUGUGGGAUUUGAGAAUUCAACGACCCUUGAGGAGCAUAAAAGGACCUUUCAUCUUUGGAGACACCCUGGAUGUGGCUAAAGGGAUGAUUCUGACAGCCUCCUGUACUGCCCUUGGUGGUGUACAACUGUGGGAUUUAGGUUCUGGAUUUCUAAUGGACAAUGUCAAUCCAACAAACAAACGCGUUCAACUCUAUGGUGAAUACCCUUACGUUGCUCAAUUCUUCAAAGGUGAUCCUACCCUAGACUUGAUUCUCUAUGGGGUAGGAGGGCUACAACUGAUAAGCGUUAAAGAAUCUUCAGUAUUGUGCUUUUUUGAAGAUGAAAAGCCUGUUCAGGCUGUUGAUUCUUGCGAUAAAAAGUUUGCUUUUGGUGGAAAAUCCCACAGCGUGGUCUGCGGUAAAAUAUUAACCCCUGAAUGGCCUGAAAGUGAUGCUUCUCACAGCACUUUCUCGUGUGUUUCUCAAACUACGUCGUCUGCAAUGGAUCUAAAUGAUGAGCACGAAGUGAAAUUAAAUGGUUUCUAA